AAUAUAUCCCCCUAAUUCUGUUCUCCCAUUCAGAGCUUUAAAGUCUAAUUAUCAAGUCGUCUACUUAUUCAAGCUCUUAUCUCUUCAUAUAGAAUCUGUACCUCCAAGUGAGCCGCUACUUUUUGGCCCCCAAUGCAAAUCCGUUGAAGCCACAGUCCAAUAAGGCGCAACUGGGAUUGCUGCCUAAUCUCGCUGACUUUGGAACCUCUUCAAUUCAUCAACAAACGGCAAGAUAAUUAAACCUUGCUCACUCUCAAUUUUCAGUGGAUUACCGUGAAUAGCGCGCCUUAUCACCGAAACCAAGGAAAACCAUGAACACAGAGCUGCAGGUACGAGAGCACCCUCGGUCCACCGGCCUUCGUCGCUUUGGUGAAAGGCUCCUGCCACAACGAUAUCAGGAUUACAAGUUCUCCCCUUUGGAAUAUCCCGAUUCCAUUAGGUUGAUAACAUUGUACGCUGGAGAAGGAUCGUCGCCCCUCCGGACAAGUUUGCGCGAGGUCCGGUCAUUGGAAAGUGCCGAGUAUGAGGCUCUGUCUUAUACAUGGGCGUCCGAAGAUGGCGAUGCAAGCCUUUCAGCCUCAAUUAUCUGCGACGAUUUUCGCAUGAAGGUUACCAAGAAUUGUGCAACUGCACUUUCCUGGCUCCGUCACCCAAAGUCAGAUCGGACGCUGUGGAUUGAUGCUGUUUGCAUCAAUCAAAGAGACACGACAGAGAGAUCCUCCCAGAUUGAACUCAUGCGGAGGACGUAUAGCAAUGCUUCUCGAGUAUUGAUUUGGCUAGGAGAAGCAUCAAAAGAAAUUGAUCCUGAAAGCAAGCUUUCUUGUUCCCACAUUUUUAUGAAACAUCUGCAGGGAAUGGCAGCUGAAAUCCGAGAACUCCAUGCCGCUGGCAAAGCUGGAAAAACUUCACCUCUUCAUCGACAACUCUUGGCGGAUAUAUUUGCCUGGAAGCAAAGUGGUAUGAUGACCACCACUCCACUCCUAGAGUCAUUCUUUGAUUUUGUGGAUUGGCCUUGGUGGGCUCGUCUUUGGGUCGUUCAAGAAGCAUCAUUUGCCAAGUCCGCGGUUCUCAUCUGUUCAGAACAAACACUGGACUAUUUUGAUUUGCGAAUAUGGGCAGAUGUCGUCUCAGAAUGCAACAAGGACAAUGAUGCUAGGAUUGUUUCUGUCGAGUUAGACAACGUCAGGUCGCACCUCCGAUCCGUCGAGUGGUGCACAUCAGGUGCUAAUUGGCUUGAUACGGGCUCCGUCGAGAUAGUCUGGGCGUUCCGCCUUUUACAGGCAUCGGAUCCACGAGAUAAGAUCUUUGCUCUAAGUGGUUUGUUUGAAAAGCUUGACGCUAUACUACCGGCACCGGACUACUUCAAAAGCCCGAUCGAGGUGUUUACAGAUGUGGUUAUAUCCUUUUUGAAUCAGUCCCGAUCGCUCGAGGUUCUCAACCUCGCUGCGUCAUGUGAACCUCUCUCAGACUACCCUUCUUGGAUUCCAAAUCUAUCUGGGCCUCCUGUUGUACCCGCUUAUCAUUCAUAUUCACACAACGCCUCUCGAAAUUCGAGUGCUGUCUUUGAGAUACCGAGUGUCAAUGUAUUGCAAGUCAAGGGAGUCAUAGUGAGCUCCAUAGCUCAAAUCUCCCAUGCCAGUUGGGCAGCACACAGAUGGAGUCUGCCACUACGCGCAAUCAUUCCUGGUUGGCAGGCGUCUUGCCGAUUCGUUGAUUUGAAAGGCUCUUACCGAAGCUCUUACCGGAGAGGAGAAUCUAUGAAGGAGGCACUUUGGCGAACCAUGUGCUGGAAUAACACUAUCUCGGGCUCUCCACUUCCCCAAUCUUCGGAUAUAACGUCUUGGAAAGAAAUUGAAGAUUGGAUAGAUCUGAUCUUGUCUAGUGAGAAUGCAGACUAUCUGGAAAGAUUAGUCUCUGCUCAAAGAAACCUUCUACAUCUGCAUAUCAAGUAUCAUGCACCUUUGAGUCGUACAACAGAUGGCCUCCUAGCAUCGGUCCCAUACACGACUGAGGUCGGUGAUGUUGUUGCGGUUCUGGCUGGAGGACAAACUCCUUUUGUACUUCGACCGAAUGGCAGCUAUUACCGCUUUGUUGGACCUUGCUACGUCCAUGGGAUCAUGGAUGGGGAGGCGUACCCAGAAGAUCCUGGCAAGCUUGAGGAUAUAUCUAUUCGGUGAAUGAAUACGUGCUAUCUCCUCCAUCCCCAAAUUGGAAUCUACAUUCAGGAUAGUUAGGAGGGUCCGAGUUUUGGUGUAGCACAGACGA